CGAUGCUGGACAUCGGGGUUUUGACGUAUUGGCCUCUGAUCUUGUACAACCAAUCCAAAAAAACCACGGGAACAAAGAAUUUCUCAUUCAUUUCCUCCUCCAACGUCUGGAUAAAGUUUUUGAUAAAUUCAAUUUGUUGCCGCCUCGACUGUCUCCCCAACAAAGUAUAUGCCCGUUUCCAAGAAAGAUACCCAAUUCUUCAAUCUUGGACGACUGGAAUAAGUGCGAUGAAAAUGUAGCAGUGAAGGGCAUUUUAAUCAUUGCGACCAUUGUAGAGAACUUUGAGAUGUUCGCAUAUUUCAGAAAGGAGCGAUGGGAACUAGUUAGCGAAAUGUAUAAGUUGGCUAAACCUUUUAGUCAGCUCAAGGAUUUUCCAAUCCUUAAUCAUCUGCACAAGUUUAAAAAUGUGGAAGCAAAUCCUGUAUUGUCUACCAUUGUUGAAGCCUCGUUUACAUGUUUUUUCCACAGACCAGAGAAGAAGUGUGACAAGCUUGUGCUGAAUCCAUUGAAACAAGCAAGAGACAUCAAUAGGAUUCUCCGUCGAGUCAAGGAAGCGCAGGGAGAUUUGGUUACAGAUUUGCUUGUGCACAUUUUACGUCUUAAGCAACAAGACCUCUUUGCUGGUGAAGAUGGCACGAGAGAAAGUCAUCAGAGAGAAAAUUUCGAAAAGGAAGAAGAAGAGAGAGAGAAGCAGGUGAGAGAAAUAAUUAAACUUCUUAGGCUGAAUAUACUUGAGAAGGAACGCGUAGCUGUGGUUAUACUGGGUGAUAGCGGGCACGGCACGAAAAAGCUGGCCAACGCCGUAUAUGAUUGUUUGAAAGUGAAACUAUCUUUUGAAGGUUGGAAGUUGUUCCUGGAAAAGCCGGCGGAAAAUGGGGAAUUACAAGAGUUGGUUUUGCAAAUUGAGAAAAUGAAAAAUGAGCACGUCUUGAUAUGCAUCGAGAACAUGGUGCAGGUGCAGCAUCUCAGAAGGAUUUUAGACAUGAAAUCAAUGAAUCCAAAAAAAUUCAGGUUGCUUGUAACGUCUCUGAACAAGGGCGUCAAGGCACUACUUGAGGAGUAUAAGUUUACAUGUGAGGAGUUCAUUUGCAUUGAAGACAACCGAGAGGAUUAUUCACAAUGGAAAAACUAUCCCCUCCUUGGAGAAAUGCUCGAAAUCUACCAUAAAAUAGCCAAUGAAGCAAACAAAGAAACUUUAAAUAAAGUUAGUGAAGACAAUCUCAUAUAUGAAACUUUUAACUUUGCCUUAGAAUAUGCAUUUAAUUACCUUCCGUUAAGAGCUCAGGAUGCAUUCCUCGACAUCUGUUUUUUCUUCUCGGAAUGGGAUUGGGAUGAAAUUUCUCUUAUUGUGGGAAAGCCAGAGGUUGAAACGCUAGAAGCAGAUGCGUGGGUGAAAAGGGAUAGUACCAAUAAGAUAUCAAUUCCAGAGCACACCCUUAAAUGGGCCCGGGAAACGCGACGAAUAGAAAGUGGAAGACUAACCAGCACAGUUGACCUUCAAAAUGUCCUGGAUAAUGAGGAGAAUUCUAUGCAAAUCAAAGGAAUUUGGUUGCCCGGUGCAAAUGAGACAGUUGAAAUUCCUGCUGAAAAGCUAGAGCUUAUGUGCGAUACCCUCCGAGUUCUUUCAUUGGGACGAACAACGGUUGUUAAGGGUAACUGUAAUAAAUCAUUUGAGAAAUUGAUAUUUUUACAAGCAUGUGGAACUUCAAUUAGUUUUGUCAAUCUGAAAGAGCUCAGGAACUUGAGCUACCUCAGCUAUGAUAGAGAUGAGGAUUUCGAUCCCUCCCAGUUACCCCCAGAACUGAAAGUUGUGAAACUGUGUGGAGAUGAAAAGUUCAAAUAUCCUGUUGGACCCGGGGAAAAGGAAUGCGUUGCUAGGAGAUUGGAGAACCUGAGUACAAUAAAAGUACAAAAAUUCCAAAGGUUGCGUAUACUGGAUCCCAAAAUAUUUAGGCCUAAUGACAAGCUGAAAGAAUUGUCCGUAAGUUCAUGCAGUGUAGUAGAGCUUCCUAAAAGUUUGACUCAGUUGUACGCUCUCCAAAGGCUGGAUCUUCAUGACUGCAAAAACCUCCUCAAAUUGCCCAAUUCAUUUGGUAACCUUCUAUGUUUAACAAGACUGGAUUUGAGUUAUUGUUCGUCAUUGAAACGGCUUCCAGAGUCGUUCGGUAAGCUUCAACGCUUAGAAGAAUUAAUUCUAAGUUUUUGUUCAGCAUUAAAACAACUGCCGGCGAGUUUUGUGCGUUUGGGUAAACUGAAGAAGGUUACAUUCUCGCAUUGCUUUAAUAUGCAUAAGCUUCCUGACAAGUUUGAACAAUUGAGAUCUCUUGAAGAGCUUGACUUGUCAUAUUGCAAGAGUUUAAAAUUUCUGCCUGUGCAUUUUGAGCUGCUUUCUUCAUUGCAUUUUCUCAACUUGGAUGGCUGUAGCAAACUAGAGAAACUACCCGAUAACUUUCCUGAAAGCUUAUUCAGCUCAGAAUCUGUCGCUAUGAAGAUGUCAGGAUGCUCAAGUUUGACAGAACUACAGGAUGAGUUUUGCCAAAGUAACAAGAUUGAAGAUCUAUCAUUAGCUUCUUGCACCCAUUUAGAGCGGCUUCCCAACCAAAUUAAUGAGUUAACCCAACUUAGAUAUCUGAAUUUGUCAGAUUGUCAAAGUUUGCGUAAGCUUCCGAAUAAAUUCAGUGGGCUUAGAUGUCUUGAAGGCUUGAAUUUAAGGUCCUGUCAUAAAUUGCGAGAUUUAUGUGAUGGCUUUAACUGUCUCCAAUCAUUAAAAUAUCUCAACCUCUCAGACUGUCCUAUUUUGGAAGCCAAGUGGCUCACAUCAGUGAGAAAAAUUGGGAGCCUGGCGUUUGUGGACAUUAGGAAAAGUCAAAAACUGGAGGGUAAAUGGAAGGAAAGACUUCCCAUGCCGCACCACUUUAAAAUGAUAACGGAAGAGAAACCAGAAGAUAAGAUUAAUAAUGAACAGAAUAUUUUGAGCAAGAAAUCAUCCAAAAUUUUCAAAGACAAAGCAAUCCUGGUUUGCAAGGACGGAAGCACUUUCUUUCCCUCCAAAGAAAUCCCAGAAGGCACUACUUUGGUACUCAUUUUUGAUCAUAAUAAUUCACACUGGGGUCGAGAAAUGCUGGAGAACAACGUGGAUGAGCUUAUGACAAAUUUGAGUGAACAUUGGCAAAUAAUUUACAUUGGGAAAUCUUUCAGCGCACUUCCACCAAAGCUGGCAGACAGAAUUAUUGCAUAUACACCUGACAAUCCUGAAGCUCUCUCAUUUUUUGAUAAAUGCUUAUCAAUAAAUGCAGAAACUGACUUUUGGAGUUUCAACACAUAUAUAAUUAAGACAAAAGUUGAGGAGAAGCGAUUCAAACAAUGGGAAAGUAUCUCAGGUACAUUGACAGGAAAGAAUUUCAGCUUGCAAAACUACCACAAGCUUCAGUAUACAGAAGAAAACACUGGCGUUGAUUUUCUGGAGGCGUUACUCAAGACAAAAGAGGAUGAUAGGUUAAUGUCGAAAGGCAAUAAGAAGGUUUCAAUCAAUGAUCUUAAAAAGAACAUUAUCUUCCUACUUAUUUCAACGGUGGAGAUAUCCAAAUCACAAAUGUCAUUCCUAAAGGAAAUGUAUGAUGAGAUGCGAAACACAGAACAUGAUCUCAAAGUUGAAUGGGUUUGGUUUCCAAUGCCAGAUGCUGAUAAAGAUAUGUCUGUUUCGAAUGAUCACACAGAUAUACCAUGGGUAGUAAUUUCAGGUAAAUGGCUAAUGGAGCAAUCAACUGUCAACAAAAUCUUACGGGAAAGAUUAGGCUUCUGCGAAAUGCCUAUACUUGUGAGCUUGGCUGCUUCGGGACGUAUUUCUAUCGCAGACGUGAUGCCCCUGUUGGCGACGCAGGGUUCAGAAGCAUGCCUAUUUCUGAAUAAAGUGAUGCCAAGAAAGUUGUCAAAAAAGGAUUCUGACAAACUGGAUAUGAUGAUGAAACAAUUCCACUUGAACGUUCUGUUCAAGGAUAUUUUGAUGGACGCGGAGAAGAAGUUGAGCGGGUUUCAAAUGAUCUGGUUAUAUGGUGGCGAUCCUGAGAAAAUAUCAGAUUUUAACAGUAAGUUAAGUCGUCUUAUAAAAAACAUGGACAGAAACUGCAAAAUCCAGAUACUGUAUGUUGGAAGGGGACGCUUUCUGCAUGAUAUAAACAGUAUAAAAGAAGAAGAAGACUUGCAUAGAAAGAACACUGAUGGCAUUAAAUGGUUGAGCCUGAGCAUUAAGGAUAUGAAGAAGUUCUGGCACCGCAUGCACUAUUUGGUAUAUCUGAUAGCAUAUCAGAUACGAGAGGAAGAUAAAAAAUUACUUUCAGCGUCUAACAAUGAAGAGGAGGUUAAAAAAUUAAAUUCUCAGAAGAAAGAGGAAUUUAAAAAGUUAGACAGUCUUCGGAGGCUAAUGCUAGGUCUCCUGUCUUUUGAUUGUCUCUCCAGAAGAAAUGGCACUGUGUGGAUGAUGGCAGUGGAUGGGUUUAACAAUGGCAACUUCACAGGGAGAGGGAAAGAGCUAGUGGACUUAUUAUCCGCUAAUAUUGAAAAAAAUAUAGAUUCAUCCAUAUAUAUAGAAACUGGGGUAGGGGAAGUGUAUUCAAGGAAACACUUUCUAAAAGGCGGAUUGAUAAAAGUAGAGAAGUCAUCUGAAGAUCUAGCUGCAAAGACCACCUUCAAAGACGCGCCAUGGUUUGUGGUACAUCCCUCAUCACAAGUUGAAGAACAAAUUUCAGCUAGUAUGUCUUGCUCCAUCUGCUAUGUCGGAGACCCUGUCUAUCAUUGUGAUGCGUGUGGAUAUUUUGGCAUAUGUGAAAAGUGCUACAUCCAUGAAUUUGUAGGAAAUGUUGAGGUCACCACGCACUAGGAGCCAACUCGGUUGGAAGCUCACAAGACGUGUGCUAUUGGUCUUUAGCUAUGGCAUUAACAUAUCCAUUAAAGGUAGAGAGUUCCUUUUCUUCAAGAUAGUUGCAGACACAAUUUUGUGGUGCAGCGUGGCAGGGUAAUGGCAGACAGGCAGUGUGCUACUUUAUGUGUCAUAGGGUACCUUAGACUCUUAUUUAAUUUUGCAAAAAUGUUUCAGUGGCUUUAUCACUUCAAUAAUCUUCAUGGUUACAGUAGGUUUAGAAGGUUUCUAAAAAUUCAAUUGGGUUGGUCCACCUGGAGUUACGACCAUAAUUUCAUUAUAAUAUUGACUAUGGAUUGUAGAAUUCUUGUUGAUUGUAAAACAUGUUUAGUUUUACUAUUUUAA